AUGUCUGCGCUAUCCGAUCUACUCAAUCCAUCUGUCGGCACCGAGUCUCCCAGUGAUGUUUCUAGCACCCCGGGGGAGCCGAAUACGUCGGAUGCAGCUUCUCAGUCCCACCCAAUGUCCGUUACAGAAAUGUUGAUAUCCAGGUCAAACCAGGAACAAGAGGAAAGAGAAGCCUCUCGUUCUACCGAGAAACAGCGUGGAACUUCACAAGUGGGUGGUCAUGCCGGUAGAGCGGCAGCUACGAAAGAACUAAAACAUGCAAAGAGUUCUGAAACUGACCAUGCUCGAUCUUAUCAGACGUUGUUGAUCAAUGCACGUUCUAGACACUUGAAGAAAAACGAUGGUGAGCCAUAUUGGAGAAACGAAAUACAAUUUGCAUUUAUUAUGGAGCUACUAUUCAACCAUUUUAGAGUUUUCAAGAAUCCCUACUAUGGGACGCCUGAAGGAUUCGAUUGGCCCGAACAUUUUAAAGUUUUCAAGGAUUCAGAUGGGAAAACCCACCCCAAUGAUGGCCAAACCCUAACAUUCUUUGAGUUGUAUUUGGUUACUUUACUUAAAUCAUCGAAAAUUUCCAAGAUUCUAAAGGCUAGAUUAAUGCUAGAUAUUAAUUAUGCGUUGAAUUUUACUGUGAUUUCUUUACUUGUUAAUAUCGGUAGAUUGAACACCACUGUCAAUUUUGAUUAUGAAAUGAGAUCACAGUUUCGAACCUACCAUUCGAUUCCAUCUCUACAGGUGGGAAGCCAUUUCCAAAUUAUUGAGAAGUUUUAUCCUCAAGAAGCACAGAAGCUAUUUGAGGACCCAGAAAACAAAGGCAAGAAAAACAAAGACGGUGAUUUAGCAGAUGAUCCAACCCCCUCAAACAUCAGAAACGGGAGUGGGUAUACUAUUUCUACUGUCAAGCAGCUCCAAGAUACGCCAAGGAUAAAGUCCAUACUAAAAUCCAUAAAUGAAUUAAGUGGUAAUAUUCCAAAAAAAUUUCCUGCCUUUAUAGAAGCAAUAUCCCAAUCCAAUCAUACCUUCAAUAUCAUUUCUAUCAUUUUUAUGAUCUGUACCCAUGAAUACGAAAUAGGUCAAGCAUUCUUCCCUUUUGAAAAUGGACAACAGAACGCAUCAAAGUCCUCCACCACGGGAUCGUUGCUAAACGACAUUUGGCUAAGACCAAAAUUAAACUCUUCUGAUAAAGUUAGAAAAUUUUUGUGGUUGAUUUACACAAUACUGGAAACCAAACUGGAUGUUGACAAGAUUUUACAGAAUCCAUUUAACGAACCUGCUCAAUCCGUUGAACUUUGUACAGCUUUGCCAUCAGCUAAUAUAGCGAAUGAAUUGAAAGAUGUACACCAUAAAAUGGGGAAUCAUUCCUCGACCAUAGUGGCAAUGGCUGAUAUAAUACCUAAAUGGAGAUCUUCAGAUUCUGAACAUAUUGCCUAUGAUCCUUUGUUCAACGAUUUUGAUACACCUGAAGAAGUUGAUUUUGCAGGUCAAAUGAAAAAUUGUAGAUUCCAAUUUGUUGAGCAUGAAAACCAGAAUCUGACAAUCACUAAUGUUCAUGGAAACCAAAACUCGGAGGAAAAAGCUGAGUCUGAUCAGGUAGGCACCCUCACGAAUAGUAGAAGGAAUAGAAGGUUGAGAGUAGAAAAUAACACUGGAAGAGAUUCCUCAAACGUGAAGAUAAGGUCACAUGGAAAAUCUAGAAGAAGUCUGCGACAAAAGACAAUGGAGUCUGCAACGAGCGAUUACGGGUUUAGCUCUAACACUAAUUCGGGGAAAAAAAUUGACAAAACAUACUAUACAUCAGUUCUUGAUUCAUUUGGUGUGCCGGGAAAGAAGGAUAUUGAUGAUGAUAAUGACUCCUGCGAAGAUGACCAUUGUGAUACACCAGGUAAUCGUAACAAGAGAUCAUGUGAGGAGAUGGAGGGUGAUGAAGUUACUAGUGGGAAUAUGGAUGACUUGGCUGAUUAUAAUGGACGAAGCAUAUGCCCAGAUAAUAUGGAUCCUAUUUUAUCAGCACAACUAAAUAAUUUACAACGUUUCCCAAUGGACAACGAAGGAAGUAGAAGGCCAAAUGAUGAUUCUGUUGAGUUGAGUGCAACUGAUCCACUUCCAAUGUCUGUCUACGAAGAGAAUCCUGAAGAUAUCAAUGAAAGAUUCUUUAAUUACGGCUAUUCUGGAGUAAUUGUGAAUGAUUAUAAACACGGAGAACACGACGCUUUGCAACUGACCAGUUGUGUAAGAAAGCGCAAAAAUAGGAAGCAGGCACCAAUUGAGCCUGCAAUUAAAAAUACUGUUAACAUGUUUGACGCUUACUUCAACAGGGAUAAUAAAAGUGCAGCUUCGAGCUCCAAAAACGCAAUAAUCAGAAGAGAAAAGUAUUUAAUGAUAUCACAAUUUAUCUUUGACUUGAUCAAGGAAAAACAGGUGCAGGCAAGAAUUUUAAGACAUCAUGAGGGUAAUUGGAAACAUUUUACCAAACAUUUGUGGGAUUUAAAUAUUUUUGUAGAAAAAGAACAGGCAGAAGCACAAGAGAGGUUUGCAGAUUGGGGAGAAUUUAAAACGACUAUGAUGAAGGUUUUCAAUCAAGUCAACUGCGUUAUAGGCGAAAGGCUAAAGGUGGAUAAAGUUAUGGGGGUCGAGCCUUCGACUGAAAGGCAGGACACAUUUCUAGAUGAUAUCUUUAGUCAAUUGGAGAAAUAG